AUGGCUUCUUUAGACGACUCACUACAAGACUCUUUGAGUAACCUUCCAUUUCCUGCCGCUACAAAACAAGUGGCAGGGCUGGUCGAGGGGAUUAAAACCGAUGUCAUGGUCAUGAAGUUCAGCGAUAAGAUCAUGGUCACUAUCUCGCAAGAGGGCCGACUCGCACAUUGGCUACAUGUACCAAUGGGUAACCAAAACCCUGGAACUGAUGGCAUGCACACUUUCUCCGAGGGUACAGAUGACAGCUUGUUACCCCUCAGCGGCUUAACAGCGACUUCUCUACUGGGAGGUUAUGCACCUGGCCAGGAUACUAUCGGCCAGCUGUUUGCUCGCCAAAUUGCGACUGCCAUUGCCACUAAAUCACCCGCCGAAAAGCGAUUGCUUGUCGUUGGUCUUGGUUUAGGCUCAUUACACUCUGAUCGAGAUUAUUUUUUCUCCAUAAUCGACCUUGUGCUGCAAUGUAUUUAG